CUUACGAUUACCUGAAUUGAGCACUAACAACGUAUAACUGACCUAUUUUACACUUUAACCAGUCGCAAUAUGGUUGAAGAAUGUUCAGUUAAUUGUGUCGACGAGACAAGUAGACUCGCCUCACUUGUUCAGGAAAUUUCAGUCUCUCGCUGUGUGUCGUGGCGAGCGUGCGUGUCGCCCUCCCGUGUCCGCGUCGUGAAUAAUUUAAAACCCGACCGAUAUUCUUAAGGUUACAGCCUAUUUCCACCCGAAAACCUAUUAUACUUAAAAAUUAUACUUUAAUUAACUUGUGAUUGUGUAGUGGAAACUUAUGGGCUACUAAUGUGUGUAAGCGUGCGUCGUUCGCCUGUCGAUUCGGUGUGUUAAGUAAGUUUUUUGAAGUGUUCGCGAGUGGGUUCUUGUGGGUGAGCACCCUGGUAUUUAGUCCGUGGAAAGAAACGGCAUGGCAUGAGCAGUGCGGUGGGCGCGCAAUGCGGCGCGCGCCGCUCGCGCAUCCCGCCGCCCUUGCCGUUGCGCUAUCCAUAUUGCUGCGACUUGUUAACGCUGGUUCAAUGGGUCCCGGGGUACCCGAGAACAUCACAGUGACGUUCCUAAACCCCACCACGGUGCGAGUGUCGUGGUCUACCACGGCGGACUUGGUGGAGAAGUACGACGUCACGUAUAAGCCUUCUGACGCGAGUUACAGAGUGGUUCUGGAGGUGGCCGGGAACUCUGACGCGGUCAUCUUGAGCGGGCUGGAGGCGGACACGCAGUACCAGGUCACUGUCGCCGCGUUGUGGGGUGGCCACAAGUAUAGGAGUAGACCUAUUGUCUUCCGCACGCUGGAGCCGCCGCGGACAUCACCGCAGCAGGACGGGGGGUUGGCUGGCACGGCGAGGUCUUCAGUGAGCCCGCCCGAUCCCUCACCCACCUUCCCUACGAUACGAGGGGUAGAAAUCGGCAUAGUAGUGCUGGUCCUUCUGGUGUGGAUCGGCGCCAUUGCACUGUUCUUCAACCGCUGGGGCAAGAUCCGAAUGCUUCUGCCGUAUCAGCCCGACUAUAAGCAGGAGCAGUUGAAGGUGCCAGGCAGCAGCGCACUUGCAGCAGCGGCAGCAGGCGGACAGUGUGCCCAUUCUGCACCAUCAGCCUGUUCGCACAUGCGUUGGUCGCACACUCACACGCAGAGCUUGGAGUGUGAGGAGCGUCUGCUGGCGCGCUGCAGCCGGCCUCGGGUCAACUCGGCUAUCUUCGUGUCGGCCGAGCCUGCGGGCUUCGCUGGCUUUGACGCGAGCGAGUUCUUGAGGAGACACGGCUCGCAGUCCAAAUUGUGUCGGAAGGCUAGAUCCGCCGACAACAUCCCUCUAACAUCAAUGAGCGACUCAUCAGAACGCCUUUGCAAAGCCAAGGCGCCCCGCGAAGAAACCAUUAGCGAAGAAGCAAAAUCCGAUGAUACAGGCAGCGUAGAAACUGUCAAACACUUCGGCUUGCCCAUCCUCUCCGUCUCCGGACCCUCACCCCCCGACGAAGACUACGACCAGAUAGAUGAGUAUCUGUAGCAUUUCCACACCAGUUUCCAGCUCAAAUACGUGCUGGAAAAGCUGAGGCCACCCUGGCCUAGCCCCGCACAAAGUCCUUGAGACUUCUGCACUGGACUUCUUGUGUUUCGUUUUGUGAUAGCUGCCUUUAGACGAGACGGAUUGUCUAGUGGGACCAUAGUCUUUAGCAUGGUGCGUGUUUCCAGUUUAUAUCCUGUGGUAUUUUCCCCUUUUACCUUGUAUUUAUUGUACCUAUCCAAUGUGUGUUUAUCAUAAGUAAAACGACAAUUUUAAUGUUCACUUUAAAUAUUAUAGGGUAAAAUACUAAUUCGAAUUUUAAAAUAAUUGUAAUAUUGUCAAUGUAGUUUAAGAGCAGCGCUGCAAUGUUGCGCCUCGACGCAACUAUCCUCUUUGUAGUAAAAUUUCAAGUCCCUCUGGGACCUGUUUGUAAAAUAUGUCAAAUACCCUACUUUAGAUAAGGAAUGCACAAUAAUUACUAUUAAAUAUUAUUACUAUUAACUAACAGUGCCACUCUAAAUUUAAUUGCAUGUGAAAACAUGUAAGUAUAUAACGAUUUAUAAGCAAUUUUGGUGUAAGUUGUUUGUACUUUACGCUUUGUAAAUAGCUUUAGGUCUUAUUUAUUUAUGGGCUAUUAUUUUAUUUUUGGUCAGAUUUUGGUAAAAUUGGUAAAUUAGAAGAGAUCCUCAUUCUGGGCGGAAUAUAUACGAAAUUCCAAUUUGGGACAAAAUAAUGUACGUAUGAAAUUUUCAGUUGACUUUAGGUAGGUACCAUAAGUUUUUGUAACUCAGAGGAAGAUUUUCUAAUAGGACAUAGGUUGAAAUGGCGCGUAUGUUGUACAUAAUAUGGAACUCUAUCUAUUACAAUAUCUGACCAAAAAAAAUGAAACACGUAAAAAAUUUGCCCAAAAUUUUUAGAACACUGUAAAAAAUGUAGUAAUCAUUGUACUAAAAUCUGGCUUGCAUCGUAUUUACGGAAUAUGAGAAUAAAUUACGUCUUAUUAGAAACUUAGGGAUAUAAAUGAUUUGAAGGUUGAACUUUGGUCCAAAGAAAUGUAUUAUCUGCACAUGACUGUGUUUUAGAAAGUAAGUACUUUUUGAAUAUUGUAAGGAAAACAACGAGGUGGUUUUGCCCCUGGAAAGCCUAGGAUAAGAACUGAUCUGACCUUUGGUUUUGAACUGUAAGGUCAAGUUUCAAUAAGUAUAUUUUAACAUCAAGAUGAUGUAGGAAAAUAUUUUAUCAAAUGACUUUAUAUUAAUUAUUUAAUUAAAAUAAGAAAUAAUUGAUCCGUUUUGAAUGGUAAAAAUUAAAUAUGAAAUUUGUUAUUUAUUUCAAUACUUAUUAUUUAAGAAAACUAAAAAAACUAAACUAAAACUAACUAUGUAACAUGCGUUGACACGCUGGCCCCGUCUCACGUCCGGCGCUCUGCCAGGAAGCCAUGGUCGGCAGCAGACGACGCCCAAAUUGCCAAGUGCCGCAAAUAUGCAUUUCUAAAAACUAAUUAUAUAUUUGCGGCACUUGCGAUUGAAACUUUCGGUCCUUGGUCGUCAGACACCAGAAAACUAGUAAAAGAAAUUUCUACCAAACUAGUCUGGGUGUCUGGCGACCUACGAGCUGGCGCAUUUUUUGCGCAGAAGCUCAGCCUCACUGUGCAGAGGGGGAACGCGGCCAGUGU